UUCAGUAGGUUAAACACUACAGGUCACCUUGCCUCGCCAUAGCAAUAACAGUAGGUACAGUCAACAUGUCGAGAGGAAGAGUUGUUUAUCAAAUUAUUGUAUUUACCACACUGGUCAGUUUGACCACCGGUUCUGACACCUGCGAAGAUAUUUCGGUAGGAAGCCAGAAAGAAUGCCUGCCUACGUGGAGUCGCUGUGAGACAGAGCAGGAUAGAUACCGAUAUGAGCCUCCUCUCAACUGCACGGCCUUGUACAAUGACAAGUUGUCAAGAUGUUUCCAUUCCGCCAAUCCGGUUCAGGACGUGUCUUCUGGGACAACACUUCCAGUCUCCUUAGUGACAGGAGUGUUUCUGUCAUCAAAGAAAGAGUUAGGACAGAGCAAACCUCUAUUAAACAUAGCCAUAUCUCAACCAACGAUUAGUGGCAAUGGUGUGCUGCAAUUACGUUUUAGAAGCAGCAGGGCGGUAUCUGACGAAUACUACGUUGAUCCGUAUUAUGAGAAGUUCCCGGCCUGGAGACACAUAACGUUCCCUGUAGCCGAUUACAAGGAACUUGGCAAAAAGAGUUUCCGUGUCACUUAUGGACAUCUUGACACAUGCAAUGUUCGUUGUGAAUGGGGAAAAUGUACCGUAUAUCCAAACCUGUACUUGCUGACCAUGACGUUAUUCUCAUCAUCAGAAAAGCAAAGUCUGCCAGGACAGAGCAUUACCUACCAAGUGACAUCACAUAACCGAAGAGUUUUGCCUAAUGCCAAAGACACUCAUUGGAAACCAAAUGUAAUGACAGCAGUUCUUCCGGACCAGCAAGGCGUACAUGUUGUGUUCGAACCCCUGCCAAAUCGUUAUGUCGACGAACACACAUAUUACAAAGUCAGUCUUCAGGACUGGGAAACUUGGGAGGUUAAACAGAAUAAGACAGUAAUACACAACAAGGAAGGCGCAUUCUACGGAUGUACGUUUGAUAACAAUGAACCUGAGGGUAUUUAUGAAGUCUUGGUGCAAUAUAAAAACUGCAAGAACUGUCCAUUUCAAACUUGGGUAAAAUCGGCGGACUUCUCUUUACCAGAGUACUCCAUCCCAAUUGAAUCUCGCACUCCGAAAAUUUCGAUUGAAUCUGAGCCCCGGUACACAGUAGCUGUCAUUCUUGGAACUCUUGUAACCUUGGUAUUCGUAACUGUCAAUGCUUUCUUUUGCCGCCGGAUAAUCAAAGCAAGACAACAAAGGAAUAGAAGACUAUCAGCGGAAAAAUUGUUUCAAAACAACAAUAAUGAAAUAGCAGUUCAAACCGACGAUCCGAGCAGAGAAUUACAACAGCUCAGUGCAUCAACAGACUCGAUCCCUACAAAAUUGCAAAAGCUAAGUUAUCCAAAUGAUUACAUCGAUGAACCGAUAAUUUUCAAAACCUAGAAAUGGGUUUUAAAAACAACUUGCAAUCAAUUUUGGGACUAAAAUUCCCAAAGAAAAAAUGCGUAAAUUAUCUACUUGAUCGAAAAAUGACAAAAGCAAAGAUACAUAAGGCAAGUCUUAGUGAAAAAAAAAUCAGGAAAAUCGUCCGAAAACCAGAAAGUGUUCUCCCUUAAUCAUUUGGCAUCUGCCUCCUAAUACCCCGUAGAGAGUCUAUGACACUAAUUAUCAAAAGCAUAGAUACAUUGUUUUUUUUUUUUAUUAUAUUGAACAUUAAGUGCUAUUGUUUAAACAUAAAGCGACGAGGACUGUGAACUUCGCUCAACAAUGAUGGAAGUGUUGUAAUAUAAUAAUCUUCUGUAGUAUUUUGUGUAGUAUAGAUGUGUAGUGGUGGAAGUUGUAGUUGUAGAGUUGAAUAAAGAUGAAGUCGUAGAGUUGAGGUUCCUCUGUUUAAUGAUGCAGGUAAGUGUAGGUAGUGUCCGUUCGCAGACGGCUAAGAGCGACCAUAGUUUCAAUGGAAGUUACUCUUUUAUAUGAUCAUGAUGUGCAUUGGCCGGACAGAUAGAUUUCCCCUAACUUAAUAUGGUUAUGGGGUUCGUGACCUGAAGUCUACAUGUAAACACCACAUUAAUUAUAACUACACAAAGAUAAUUGGAUACAACCAGUACUACUACAUGAACAUGGUAUAGACAACAUCCAAGUUGUUUAGAGAACCGAGGUCCAUCUAAUUAUUGGCAAAUUAGCUAACAUGUGUACAUGUAGAUAUGAUUAUUUACCAGUUCUAAGUAUAAUUAUAUAAACUUCUACUGAACAUAUAACAGUACAUUUCGUUAGUGUAGCGGAACUGGACCGGGUCGAUCAUCGGCGACCAGGUAAAGCAUCCGGCUAGUGUUCGGAGGUCCCGGGUUCGAACCCCGGUCUGGCCGUGCAUUUUCCCACUCCUAUUACAGUGUCUACAUAGAAACUCGUGUAGGUAGUUUAUUGGUUACAAGGAUAUACAUGAAGUCCUGAUUGCCGAAAUACGCUAUCUAGCAACGUACUCGCUGUGAUACUGUGUCGCCUAACGGGAAGUUAGUGAUUGUAUUGAUAAACAAGUGGAGCAUGCAGCAGCAACGUGAUGGUAACUGUCGAUGUAUAUGAAAGCAUCACGAAAUGUAGCUGACUUAAGCAUUGAAC